CGUGCCGUCCACUUCGUUUACGCCGCGCUGUACGAUUUCGACACGUGAUAUUUGUGUAUUUUGACUAUUUUGCAGUUUAACUGGUUUAUUCGGUUUGAUUCAGGUGAGUCAGGAUCUUUCUGAUUAGUUCUCACAUAGGACAUUUCUUUGUAGAUCGACCAUUAUGGGAAAACAUAAAAGAAAAGAUAAAAGUAGGUCAAGGUCGAGGGGUAGAGCUCGUUCCAAACGCUCUUUAAGCAAGGAAUAUGGCGACCUACGUCGACACCGGAAAAUAUCUAGGCUUGAGAGAGAGAAAGAGAAGGCGCACAGGUCGCGGUCUCGGUCAAGUUCUAGAAAAAGCAAAGGUUCCUCGAAUGCGAUUAGGAAAAUAAAAACACAUGGCGGGAGAUCUCGUUAUCGCGCUCGUCGUUCUCCGAGUGAGACGAGUGUGCGUAGGGAUCGGAUAGAAAGGGACAGACGAAGCCAUGAUAGUGGGAGUCGCAGCCCGAGUGUUGCGAUCUCGCUUUAUAGUCGGGGCCGUACGUCGCGUACUACGGCGCACGAUUCGAGGUCUCGUUCUGUAAGCCAUUGCUUAGAUACAGAGAAUAUUAUCACGGACACAGGUCCGGCUCAGGGAAAAAAUGGAAUUUUGAUAGAAGAUGACUCUCCGGUCUUAGUUUUAUCUGAGGAUACUCUACUAUCCGAGGAGACAAGAAACAUGCUGGGCCCGGACCCUAGCAGUGUUAAAAAGUCUAGUUUUAAAUUGCACCCGGCCGUUGAGGCAAUAUGGUCAUAUAUUUUGCCUUUUGGCCUAUCCAAAGAAGAAACCGACGAGUUUCUUAAAAAAUAUGAAAUGCCGGAAAAUUGUAAGCUUUUAUUGCCUCCCAAAAUAAAUCCGGAGAUUGAAGCCGGCAUGAAUUCUUUAUACGCUGUUAGAGACCAGACUCAUACUGGGUACCAAGCUUUACUUAGCCAAUCUCUUUACGCGUUAGGUCUAGCUUUAAACGCCCUUUUGGGGGACGAUUUAAAAAUGCCGAAAGAGUCAAAAGAAAAAGUUUUGGUUCCAGUGGCGGACGCUGGUCGCAUUUUGUGUAACCUUUUUAACUCAAUAUCCAAUAAAAGGCGUCAAUUAAUUACUCCUAUGAUGAAUAAACAAAUAAAAAAGUUGGUAGACAAAAUACCACCUGGAGAAUUUUUAUUUGAAACCAAUUUAGGGGAAAAAAUUCAGGCUUUAAGGGCCAUGGAAAAAGUUGGCAGGGAAAUACGACCAGUACCUGUCACGCGGUUUACCCCUCGUGCACAGCCCUUUAUCCCCGGAACUUCAGAAAAGAGGAGUGGGGGGGGAGGAAAUAAACCUUCCACGAGUGCACAGGGAAACAGAGGACGCCCGUUCCAUUACAGAAGGGAAAUGAGAACACAGAAAGGGCGACCUUCGACAUACAAAGCAGCUCCUCAAAAGAAGCGCUAGAGCCAGUCGCAUCCAUUAGCUCAUCAUCUUACCCUGGUGGCCGCCAAAUUAUCGGGUCUUCAUUUGAACAAAGAAACGUCCCCAAAAUAGCCAUUGAAACUAUGAUUUCUUCGAUUGCCGACUCCACUUUAAA